ACCGACAUCCAGCAUGGCGGCCGCCACCAUCGUGCACGACACCUCGGAGGCCGUGGAGCUGUGCGCGGCCCACGGCUUGUUCCUGAAGCCCAUCACCAAGAUGACCAUCAGCGUGGCCCUGCCGGCGCUGCGCCAGCCGGGCAAGUCCAUCUCCAACUGGGAGGUGAUGGAGCGCCUGAAGGCCAUGGUGGCCGCCCACCAGUUCUCCACCCUGCGCAUCGCCAAGAGCACCAUGGACUUCAUCCGCUUCGAGGGCGAGGUGGAGAAUCGCGCCCUGGUCCGCACCUUCCUGGCCCGGCUGGACGGCAAGACCAUCAAGCUCAGCGGCUUCGCCGACGCCCUCCGCGUCCGCGCCGCCGAGUUCAAGGCCGACUUCCCCAGCCGCCACGACUGGGAUUCCUUCUUCCGCGACGCCCGCGACAUGAACGAGACGCUCCCCGGCGAGCGCCCCGACACCGUCCACCUCGAGGGCCUCCCCUGUAAGUGGUUCGCGCCCGCCGGCUCCGAGCGGCCCAGCGAGGACGUCCUGGUGGCCGUCUUCGAGAGGUUCGGGGCCAUCCGCCACGUGGACAUCCCCAUGCUCGACCCCUACCGCGAGGAGAUGACCGGCCGCGCCUUCCACACCUUCUCCUUCGGCGGACACCUCAACUUCGAGGCCUACGUCCAGUACCGCGAGUACGCCGGCUUCCUGCGCGCCAUGGCCGCCCUGCGCGGUAUGAAGCUCAUGUUCAAGGGCGACGACGGCAAGGCCGUGGCCUGCAACAUCAAGCUGGCCCGGGCCAAGGCCGCCCGUCUGGCCGCCCGGGAGCGGGAGGAGGAGCGUCGCCGUAGCCGGUUGCAGGCCGAGCGUCGCCGGGUGCAGGAGGCCGAGCUGCGUCGGGUGGAGGAGGAGAAGCGUCGGGCGCUGGGGCUGCAGCGGAAGGAGCGGGCGCUGCGGGAGAGGCUGCUGGGGCUGCUGCUGGCCCAGGGCCCGGCCUCGUCCACGGCCGCCAUGUCGGCCUCCAACACCAUGUCGGCCUCCACCGUCCCGGCCUCCACCACCGUCCCGGCCUCCUCCACCCCCGAGGACGCCCUGCUGAGGCCCGUGCUGCGGCUCCUGCGCUCCGUCCAGGCCCUGGCCACCCCGUCCGACACGGACGUGGCCAGCAGGCCGAAACCCGACCCGGCCGGGGAUGCCGACGCGAUGGCCGGCGCCCCCGAGAACCAGCCUCCACCUCCACCUCCUCCUCGUGUGUCCACCACCGUCGAGACUCGCACCCAGGACCCGGAGGACGACAAGUGUAACCGCCGGCCGCUGGCCGCCGCCGCCGGCCGCUCGUCGUCGUCCUCCUCGACCAUGGCGAUGACAUCACAAGAUCAGGCCCACGGUGAUGACAUCAUGAGAUGA